CAACAGAAUAAUAAAUAGUGGUAGCUACGUUUAGCUAGAAGCAAGCUAGCUAGCUACAUCAACUAUCUUGGUUUCACAAGAUUAAUUAGAGAUUUCACACUACUAACUAAGUGCAUUGUAAUGCAAAUAUAAUGACUGCAUUGGACACUUCUGUUGAACAAAAAUCUAUUGGAAAAUGUUUGCUGUAUAACUGGGUAGAGGAGCGGGCCACUGCCGUCCUUGACAAUGAGAGGCCCAGAGCGCACAUCCACAAAAAUGGACAUAAAGGGAUUCUCACUAUGGAUCUGUCAUCCAAAGUUCAAGGUGUCACCACAGUGAAUGCUGCUUUCACCCCUCCCAAGGGUCACGGGGUGAGACAAAGAGGCCUCAGAGGAGAACUUUUGGAAAAUGAUCUGCUCAAGAAAAUAAGUGAGCAGACACAUGCAGAAUUUAACCCUGAGCCUCCCAAAACAGAGUUCUGCUCCACUACCAAAGAGGACUACAAAGUUGAAGGCUUUCUGCCUUCCCUGCCUUCACCACAAAAGGAGCAUGACUACAAAAGCGAUCAGGCAAUUACCUUUUGGAGUGAGAAUCAUCAUCAGAUACAGGGUGUAACAGCGGUGAGAACCAGGGAUACCCCAUUCAAGAAGAAUGCCACCUUCAGCACACCUAUCAGUGAACACAUGGAUGACAAGCCUAUUCUGUACACACCGGAGAAUUAAGCUGUUUCUCAUGUGCGCAUUGGACACAGUGGUAUUAAAUUAUUGUUCCAUAAUAUUGUGUAUGAAUAUUGCUCUGUUUAUCAUUUCAAUUAGGUCUAGUCUCUGCAAUGUAUAUGAAUUGUGUAAGUACUGCACAAAUGAUUUAACACAAGCAGACAGAUGAAUGGUUUUGAAUUGUAACUUUAUCUCAGGGUCAUUGUCUCCUUGCAGAAUUACAGUUGUUGUUUUUUUAUUCAUACCAGAGCUUUGUAUUAAGAAUAUUCUCUCUGUUUGUUCAUGCUUUUAUUUUUGUUUGUAGGUUAUUUUCUCCUAUGGUCUUUUUCUCAAACCUUUGCAACUUGUAAUUACCACAAUUGAGCAGUGCUGAACAACAGAAAGCCACAUGUUCCACUUUCCUCUGUGCUGGGCAAAAAUGGAUCUGGCUAUUGUCCUUGGACAAAUAGCAAGAAAACCAUUUUUUUCUGAGAUGAGGAAAGUGUUUUUCCAACGUUAGAAAGAGAGGCACACAGAAGCCUCCUCCGCCAUACAGAUGUCAGAAAUAUUGAUGUUCAUAUUGAUGUUCAUGCAGCCUCCUUACUUUAGAGAGCAUGGCUCCGAUUCAGAUUUGUGUUCUGUCAAUCAAGAGACAUGUCUACAUUGUGUUCCUCUCUCCUCUUGCUUUCAGCAGAGAUUAUGAGGAGGUAGCUAUGGCAACAAGUAAUUUUAGACUACAUUUAUGCAAAUUAUCCCCCAAAACAUUUCCUUACCUCAUGGGAUUAGAGGGGGAAACAAUUGAUGUCUGAAACAGAUGCCAUUUAGCUACUUCCAGCCAAGUGAAAUAUAUUGCAUAUAAUUGUUUUAAUUCAAAUUAACUGUGAAAAAGUAAAUAUUUCCUUGAAUAAAUUUGGCUACUAAUUCUCUUCCGUGAUUCAAUUAAAUGAAUAAUGUAUAUUUUGAUCUAUCCAUAACUGUGUAUUUGUUUAAGUUUAUAAAAAAAAUGUAUUACAAUAAUUCCUUCUCUGUAUUUCCCUGUGAAGGGAGCACUGCUCUGAGUUAUUAAAAUGGAUGUGGUGCUUU